CGUUGCGGUUGCGUCGUGCCGUCACUAAUCUGCGUUUCCAUGGUUUGGCAGACGUUCUACCUAAAGUAAUAUCUGUUUUACUUAAAAUACACUUUAGCUGUAGUCGCUGCAUAGUUUACACUGCACAUAAACCCAACAACAUGGGAGCGACAAAUUGAAGUCAUUAAUUGAAGAGUGAGUUCAAGAGUUACGUACUCGGACGGUGAGUGCAUUGCAGUCUCGCAGAUUUCAUAAUGCAUGGGACAGUGCAACACGGACAUCACAUCGUUUACACUGUGGGUUCCAGUCGCUAAUGCCCUGAAGAGAUGCGGAUUCAUAUUUAAUGUUACUGAAAUACAUAUGAUUAAGAAUUUGGUAAAGGUAAAACAGCCUCAACAAGAGAACCUUGCGAUGGAAUUUAAUUGGACGCACUGUCCUCUGGAUUAAUUUGCUCAGCAAACUGCUUCCAAUAAUAACAUCUUGAUGAAUAAUGAUAACACUAGAACAAAAUAAAUAAAAUAUUAAUGGACACAUGAAAUAACAGGUACAAUGGACUAUAAACGAAAAAAGAAGAUGACAUACUUCACAAUUGGACUGAUCUUUCUUCUAAGUGGUAUCGAAUAUGGUAAAUAUGAUUUUUUUGGGUGGGCUUUCUUGUGUAUUGUAGUUACUGUAGCCUAUGUAAACAUUUACAAUAUAGAUUUAAAAAAUGCACGUUCAACUGAAGCUAACAUUUGAGUGCCACACUGAUAUGACUGUUCUGUACCCGGUCAGUCUGUCAGAAAAUGUCACUUAUUUUCUUAUGGUGCAGUUUACUGCUGUCAUUGUUUGUUGUCCAGGUGCAGAGGUUAGGGGUAAUCAUUUUAAAGGACAGAAACAUGGGGUUUAUAAGGCCCAAAUGAUUUCCCAAAUGACUCCCUUGCCUCUUGCCUGCUCUUUCCACUACUAUAGGCUCAUUAACUCAUUUCUGCUCUUGGCUUCAUGUCAGCUCAGCCGAUCUUACAGCAUAUUCCACAAUCAUUGUAUUGCCUAAUGUUCAAAUGGGAACUAUUAAAGUGUUUUUAGUCCUCAGCAUUUUGUUUUGUGUUGUCUUUGUCAACGGUUGCUGCACUGAUUGACAAAUAACCUUCCUACAGAGAUUCAUUAAGCAUUUCUAUUCUAAGCAUACAUUCUUUUGGGACCUCAUGGAUAGGCCUACUGAUGAUAAUGAUUAAUUCUUAGCCAGGUAAGAUGAAAACAUGAGUUUGUGAGUAGGAUGCUCUCAGGGCAGGAUAUUUUCCUAAACUAAUGUACUUGACGAGGAAAUCCAUGCCAAGACCCAAUCCUUAGUUCCAUUGGGAGAUAGGUCCAGGCUACCAGAGUCAUGCAGAGAGGGUGAGCGGUUUCAGCAAGCAAACGCAUUUUAAACCUUGGACUCCAGAGGAGAGGAUCGGACUCACGACGUCAGAUAAUCUAAGCGCUAUGGACACCAUUGGCUGUUGUUGGCCCUGGUCACUUGUUUUGCGCUCAGAUUCAGCCAAGCUUUACCUUCAUUGCUCAUGAUUUCAGAAGUUAACACACACACACACACCUCAAGUGCAAGUCUGUCAGGCCACGUGUUUUCUGUCAUCGAUGACCUGCGUUUUGUAAAAAUGACCGUAGUUAACCUUGCUCCCAGACAUACUUUAUGUUUUCUGUCAUCGAUGACCUGCAUUUUGUAAAAAUGACCGUAGUUAGCCUUGCUCCCAGACAUAUUUUAUGGCAACCGCUAUAGUCACAGGAGUUGUUUGGACAGUAUUGUGCUUUUCUAUGUCUAUGGGGGCGUUUUGGUAUGUAGCUUACUUAGCGUUGAGAGCAAACUAAGUUUACAAUCUGGCCUAGUUUUAUGCCCUCUCUCUGUGUGGUUUUUAACAGUUGAUAGAAUGCACCUUUUUAUUGUCCGUCCGAGGAAGGCCAUGUUCUUUGCGGUAGCAUCAUUAGACAAGAAUAAAGAAAAUCACGAUCAUGCACCGUCAUACUCAUAAAAACUAAAAAUGAUUUUUGGCGUUUGUUUCAAGGCUUGAGCUGUUGCAGGAGCCAAUGGUUAGCUGUGUAGUGAAAACAGUGUGAUCUCCAUUGAUCUAAAUAAAAGGCGUGAGGACAGUUGGCAGAGUUCACUGGGGAUAAGCCUGAGUCGGUGACCUCUUCAAUAGGACUAGGCCUACACACACGUAUGCAUUUUUCCAUCUCAACCUAUUACCCACUAUCUAUUUUAAAUGUCUGUUUAAAAUGUGUUGGGGAGAAAAUAUUUGAUUCUAUGCCCCCCUCUCUCCAGCUGUGAUCUUACCCACGAUAUGGAGGUACCUGCAGACUCUGGGGGCAGCGCCUUACUUCCUGGGUCUGGGCCUAUCAGCAUUCAGCCUGACUGGUCUCCUCUCGGGCCCUCUGUUUGGCCACUUGUCCGACAAGACGCACACCACCAAGAAGAUAAUCCUGUUUGCAAACCUCUUUGAGAUUGUCGGUAAGGUGUUCUCUGAAAUCUUAGCCUGAAUCCCAAAUCAACCCCCAACUCCUACCCCUUAGGGACCUUUUUGUAGAUCUGAGUGGAUUUGAUAGGUGUAAGCAAUAUGGCGACAAUUCAACCUGGCCUACCAGAGGCUAACAUACCUAACAUACCUAAGAAUGGCGCUUGAGGGAGUAGUGGCUGUUUUACAGGCUCCUGACCAAUUGUGCUAUUUUGUGUAUUGUUUUUUUGCGCUGAUCUUUUUGUUUUGUACGUAACGUUUCCCCAAUUGUUUCCUAUGACUGAAAAAUAGUUUCUGGACAUCAGAACAGCUAUCACUAAGCUCGAUUUGGACGAGGACUUCUACUUCAAUGAGUCCGAGAUGAAAGACGUAUUGAUUAUCUCGGACCAGGCCCAAAUCCCCGACACUCGAAGGAGGAGGAGACGGCGCUAUAGAGGUCGGCGUGAUGGAUACCUGACGAGACUACUUCGGAGAGUGGAUAAAUCGCCUCUACCCUCCGUUUUAUUGGCGAACUGUGCAAUCACUGAAGAAUAAGUUGGAUGAGCUCUGUUCGAUACUAUCCUAUCAACGUGAUCUGAAGAACUGUAAUAGCCUAUGUUUCUCUGAGUCGAUGCUGAACAAGGACAUGGUAAAUAUAAAUCCAGCUGGUUUUUCUAUACAUCGGCAGCGUCGGUGAAGCUCAGAGGAGGCAUGUGUCUCUUAACAACAGCUGGUGCGGGAUCUCUAAUGUUAAGGAGGUCUCGAGGUUCUACUCGACUGAUUUAGAAUACCUCGUGAUAAGCUGUAGACCGUACUAGAUUUAUUUACAAAGAGUGGUUUUCAUCUAUAUUUUUCAUAGCGGUCUAUUUACCACCACAAACCGAUGCUGGCACUAAGACCACACUCAACGAGCUGUAUAGGGCCAUAAGCAAACAAGAAAAUGCUCAUCCAGAGGCGGCGCUCUUAGUGUCUGGUGACUUUACUGCAGGGAAACUGAAAUCCGUUUGACCUAAUCUUCUACCAGCAUGUCACCUGUGCAACUAGAAGUGAGAACUCUAGAUCACCUUUACUCCACACUCUACACAGAGAUGCGUACAAAGCUCUCACUCACCCUCCAAUUGGCAAAUCUGACUAACUCUUUCCUCCUGAUUCCUGUUUACAAGCAAAAACUCAAACCGGAAUUACCAGUGACACGCGCUCAAUAUGGAAGUGGUCAGAUGAAGUGGAUGCUAAGCUACAGGACUGUUUGGCUACCACAGACUGGGAUAUGUUCCGGGAUUCAUCCGAUGGCAUUGAGUUUACCACAUCAGUCCACCGGCUUCAUUAAGUGCAUCGAUGACAUCUUCCCCACAGUGACCGUAUGUACAUAUUCCAACCAAAAGCUAUAGAUAACAGGCAACAUCCGCACUGAGCUAAAGGCUAGAGCUGCCGCUUUCAAGGAGUGGGACACUAAUCUGGACGCUUAUAAGAAAUCCCGCUACGCCCUCAGACGAAUCAUCAAACAGGAAAAGCGUCAAUACAGGACUAAGAUAGAAUCCUACUACUCUGACACUCGUUGGAUGUGGCAGGGCUUGCAAACUAUCACGGAUUACAAAGGGAAACCCAGCUGUGAGCUGUCCAGUGACGUGAGCCUACCAGACGAGCUAAAAACCUUCUAUUCUCGCUUCUAGGCUAGCAACACUGAACUAUGCAUGAGGGCACCAGCUGUUCUGGACGACGGUGUAGUCAGUCUCCAUAGUUGAUGUGAGUAAGACCUUUAAACAUUUUAAAAUUCAUAAGGCUUCAGGGCCAGACAGAUUACCAGGACGCGUACUCAGCGCAUGCGCUGACCAGCUGGCAAGUGUCUUCACUGACAUUUUCAACUUCUACCUGUCUGUCUGUAAUACCUACAUGUUUGAAGCAGAGCACCAUAUUCCUUGUACCCAAGAACGCCAAGGUAACCUGUCUAAAUGACUAUUGCCCCAUAGCACUCACAUCUGUAGCCAUGAAAUGCUUUGAAAGGCUGGCUCACAUCAACACCAUCAUCCCAGACACCCUGGACCCACUCCAAUUCGCACACCGCUCCAACAGAUCCACAGAUGACGCAAUCUCUAUUGCACUGCCCUGUCCCAUCUGGACAGAGGAACACCUACGUGAGAAUGCUAUUCAUUGACUACAGCUUAGUGUUCAACCAUCAUAGUGCCCUCCAAGCUCAUCACUAAGCUAAGGACCCUGGGACUAAACACCUCCCUCUGCAACUGGAUCCUGGACUUCCUGAUGGGCUGCCCCCAGGUGGUAAGGGUAGGCAACAACACAUCUGCCACGUUGACCCUCAACCUGGGGCCCCUCAAGGGUGCGUGCUUAGUCCCCUCCUGUACUUCCUAUUCACCCACGACUGCGUGGCCGCACACAACUCCAACACAUCAUUUAAGUUUGCAGAUGACACGACGGUGGUAGGCCUGAUCAUCGAUGAGACAGCCUACAGGGAGGUAAUCAGACCUGGCAGUGUGAUGCCAGGACAACAACCUCUCCCUCAAAGUCCGCAAGACCAAGGAGCUGAUCGUGGACUACAGGAAACGGAGGGCCAAGCACGCCCCCAUCCACAUCGACGGGGCUGUAGUGGAGCGUGUCGAGAGCUUCAAUUUCCUCGGUGUCCACAUCACUAAAGAAUUAACAUGGUCCACACACACCAACACGGUUGUGAAGAAGGCACGACAAUGCCUUUUCCCACCUCAGGAGGCUGAAGAGAUUCAGCAUGGGCUCUCAGAUCCUCAAAAAGUUCUCCAGCUGCAGCAUUGAGAGCAUCUUGCCUGGCUGCAUCACAGAUUUGUAUGUCAACUGCUUGGCAUCCGAACGCAAGGCGCUACAGAAGGUAGUACAUCACUGGGGCCGAGGCCCCUGCCACCCAGGACCUCUACCUUCUAAAAACAUGUUUUCACUUUGUCAUUAUGUGGUGUUGUGUGUGGGUGGGUGAGGGGGGGGGGGGGGGGGGAAUCAAUUGAAUCCAUUUUGAAUUUAGGCUGUAACACAACAAAAUGUGGAAUAAGUCAAGGGUAAUGAGUACUUUCUGAAGGCACUGUAAGACACCCAAAAUUCUGUGCCUUCCUGGCGUGGAAUCACCCAUUAGCUACCUGGUCUACCUGUACUGCUUGGGGCCGUAUGUAACAAGCGGCUCAGAGUAGGAGUGCUGAUUUGGGAUCAGUUUUGCCAUGUAGAUCACAAUGGAUAUGAUUACAUGGACAGGGGGGGGACCUGAUCCUAGACUCUCCUACUCUGCACUCCUACUCUGAUGCUUGAUACUCACUCCUACUCUGAUGCUUGAUACUCACGGCCCCUGGCCAUUCUACUAUUCUCUCUCCCUGACGUUUGUCUUUGUCCUCCAGGUAACGUCAUGUAUUUCAUGUUGUCCUCCAUGUAACGUCAUGUAUUUCAUGUGGUCCUCCAGGUAACGUCAUGUAUUUCAUGUGGUCCUCCAGGUAACGUCAUGUAUUUCAUGUGGUCCUCCAGGUAACGUCAUGUAUUUCAUGUGGUCCUCCAGGUAACUUCAUGUAUUUCAUGGGCUACUCCAAAUGGCUUUUGCUCUCCAGCAGACUAGUGGCAGGUGAGACUACCCAUAUACUACUAGAACAAUGCAGUUUUGAGCUGUAAAGGACAAUUGUAUUUAUCAGAUGACUUAGAUUAUAGCCUAAUCAAAAUUUGUGGAACUUCAGACUCGUUUGCAGGGUGAAAUUCACAUUUGUAUUGUCUGUCUUUUAGAGUAAAAAUGACACGCUUGUGGCCACUCUAAAAUUUGACUUUUAGAAAAAAGUUACGACAUGAUCCGUUUUUAAUGAUAACGUCCAUGUUACGGUAGUGUUACUAACGUGUAUGUGGUCUGCUCCCAAAGGUAUCGGUACAGGUGCGGGUUCGUCCAUCUUUGGCUUCCUGACCCGAAGCACAGCCCCCGAGGACCGCUCCACCGUGUUCGCAGCGGUCAUGGCGUGCCGACAGGCUGGCCUACUGAUUGGUCAGUGCUGUUGUCUGUCUGCUUCCUGUGUGCCAUUGAUAGCAGGUGUAUCGCGUUAUUGGAAACGUACGCUGUUCUGCAUGCAGGCCUGGUUUUGACUAGAUGGAGUACAUAGUGACUUUUUGUAGCAGGUUAAGGGAAUUAGGUAUGAGGUUAGGGUUAGCUAAAAUGCGAAACUUGUUCCCGACACGACUCAAACAUCUCUCGCCGCAACCAGGCCUGCCCUCAGAACAGCGUUGUUUCCUGUAUUGCGGUUCUGCUUCAUAGCGUGUUGGCGUUCGCUCUGGUUUAUGGAGAUGUUCAAGGUUGUCUUUUUUGCCUUGAAGGUGUUUUUAAUGUCUCAGGAAAAUAUAUUGCAGUAUUCUGACAUGUGCAGCAGGACUGUGAAAAAGACAACCUGGAACGCGCCCACCUAUGUCUCUGUUAGUGUGAGGGUCUGUCUCAUGAUGUCCAUCAUCACACAUAGGUCCCGCGUUCAACCUCUUCCUGAGGCUUUGUGACUUCCAGUUGGGGCCGUUCGUGGUGAACAAGUACACUGCACCUGGGGUAAGACGUUAACAACUGAAGCAUUUCUCCUACUCUUUCUCACAGUAAAAUAGUUAUAUGGCAACAUCAAGUCUAGUAAGAUACUGUAUGUUGUCUUAUCUAUAGAGGAUGACUUUGUUCUAUGUCCAUAUCUCUGAGACAAAUUGAAUUAUUGCAUGAGAUGGUAUAAAUGUGAGUAUAAUUUGUAAUUAUACUUGGUUUUAACACAUAUAGUUCAACCUCAUUUCAUGACUAACUGGCUAAAAAUACUCCGGUUUGUUCAUUUGAAUGAGACUUUUUGUGUUUUUGUUAAAACAGAAUGCCCAAUACGGUGAUUAGAAACCUGUUGGUAGCUUGUAACGGACAGCUGCUCUAAACGCAAGGCUAUCCCUUUUCACAGCUUUUUAUGUGCUUGCUGUGGACCCUCCUCCAGCUGGCCGUGGUCUUCAUGUACUGGGACAUCCCUCCCCAGGAGGAGCCAGUGGGGGAGGGAGACAGGGAGGUGGGGGAUGGAGAGGAGGAGGAGGAGGAAGAAGAGGGGAAGCCUCUGAUCGGGCCGCGCCACGACAUCCUGGGGUCCUACGGCUCGGUGGUGACCCCUGAACCUCCUAGGUCAACUGCUGAUCCGGCCAUCUCCAAUGUCAACCUGCCUCCCCUCUCUCCUCCCCCCUCGCCCCCGCCCGGAGAGGCUGGUGACUCUAGCCAUGUGAAGAGCUUCAGCAUGAGCCGAGGUGGGUGGUGAUGGGAGGCUUUUCUCAAGUUGGUAAAAUACGUUCUUGUAAAUGUGUAUUUACAUUUACGUCAUUUAGCAGACGCUCUUAUCCCAUGGUUUCCAACUUGAAAAACCAUGCUCUCUCUCUCUCUGUCUCUCUGUCUCUCUGUCUCUCUGUCUCUGUCUCUGUCUCUGUCUCUGUCUCUGUCUCUGAGGGAUCUGUGGGAAGAGGUGGUUGUGCUGUUGACGGCUCAGUUCAUCACACUGUUUAACCAGACAGCACUGGAGGUGAGCUCUCCCGACUUUCCACGCCCUUACCCUCUCACUGUGAAGAGCCUAUCAGAUAGUACGUUAGUUCUAUAUUGCGUAAAGGUGACUGAGGGGGUAGCUGUUAGCUAAACCAACUUUCAGUGUCAUCAUGCCAUCAUCAUUAAGUUCGGUUUUGGUGGCGUUGGCUAAAGCAAAUACUGGACUACUAUGAAGGACUGGUUAGACCUUUUUUUUUAAUAGUAACGUUCUUGAAUAUGCCAUUAUAAAUGCUUAUACAUUGUGUGUCCGUGUGAGAACUAAUAAAACAUUGUUCUUAUUCAUGGAAGUUAUUAUAAAGUGUUUAUGAGUAUUUGUCAACAACGUGACCCGUCUUCAUUUCCUGCCACCGUAGACCAUGGUGACCCCAUUAACCCAGCAGUACUUUAACUUCGGGGAGCUGGAGAACAGCAUCAUGUACUGCAUCUGUAGUGUGGAGGUGAUCGCAGGCUUCCUGUUUGUUCGCUGGCUGAGCCGCCGCACGGCCGAGAGGGUGGUGCUGGCCGUGGGUCUCAUCCUCUGCAACAUCUCCUGCGUAUGGUGCCUCAUCUUCCUGGCCAACCCACAGGGUGAGUGAGGUCGCCCGGAAACGCUCUACUCAGCUGGCCAUUUUGUAUAUUUUGGUUUUUAGCUAGGUCGAUCAAUGUAGCCUACUCAUACAAGGGUAUCAUUUUUGAAUCUAUUACCACACAUCAAAUGAGAAACUUUGAAAAAGGAAAGAUUACUUUACUAAAAAUGUUCAGUAAAAUGUGGCAAAGAUUAAUCUGAAUUCCUGUUAUUAAAUUAAAGACACUGAAUGUGACUGAUAUGACUAAUGCAAUGUAACAUUGAGUUUAACUUUAGAACAGUUGUGGGAUAUUUGCAUUGCUAAUUAAGGCAGCACAUAGAAUCAAAAGCAAAUGGAUUAGUCCUCGCUCCCUCUCUCUCAGGUACGCCCCCCUGGCAGUUAGCAGAGUUCAUCAUCGGGGUGUUCCUGCAGGUUUUGGGGCUCCCCUUCGUAGCUGUGGCCCAGGUGUCUCUCUUCUCCAAAAUCACUUCGGAAAAGACUCAAGGUGAGCAGCCUCUAAAAGACACCUUUUGAAUAUUGACGUCUGUAGUUUAACUGUAGUGUUCUUAACCACUCUUUUGUUCACUAGGCACCAAACGGAAGAAAACAAACUGAAACCGGGAGCGAUCACCUAGACUUGUCCAAUAGGAAAAGCGUAUUUUCAUUUUCUGUUGCUUAAGGGUUUUCAUUGUGUACCCUAAUGAACGUGACCCUGACACCCCCCAUUUCCGUUCUGCCUGGUUUCAUUUAAUCCGUAAUUCACUUAUUUGGAGUAGAUUUCGCAUCCCUCAGCAGUUUAUCAAAACAUUGACUGGGUGGUCCACUUUGUUAUUUGUAUUUUUGAACUUCAGAAUACCCUUUAAUAACUUGGUUAUUUAGAGUAGAUGUCCUGGGUUGUAUUACUAUUGAUCAGUGUGAUGUAAGGGGCUAGAGAACAAACCUGCAGGCACUGUGCUGCGUCAGAAUAAUUAGAGGCUUCGAGAACCAUAGAUAUCAGGGUUGUGUUCAUUAGGCUCAUUUUAUUUUUCUGUUUUAGAAGCUUUUUUUAAAGUGUUUUGCUAUGGACCAAAAGGUCGCUGUUUCGAAUAUCCGAGGUGAAAAAUCUUGUCUGCCCUUGAGCAAGGCACUUAACCCUAAUUUACUCCAGGGGUACCGUACUACUAUGGCUGACCUUGUAAAGCAACACAUUUCACUGCACCUAUCCAGUGUAUGUGACAGAUUUUUUUUUUUUUUUACACGACCCCAGGUAUGUGUCCUUCUGGUAUUUGUGUCAGCAACUGUCUGCCUGUCCCCCCUUCUCUCUCUCUCCAGGGUUCAGCCAAGGGGUGCGUCGCUCCGUUGGGGGUCUGGCCACCAUCUUCGGCCCCCUAUGGGCGGGGGGUCUGACGGGGAACCUUUACGUCAUGCUGGGGCUGAUGAUGGUUCUACUGGCUCUGCUCACUGUGAGUUCUCUGUGUGUGGCAUCUCUCAUUUUUACAUUUACAGUUAAGUCAUUUAGCAGAUGCUCUUAUCCGGAGCGACUUACAGUUUUAGUGAGUGCAUACAUUUUUUUAUACUGGCCCCCCCCCCCGUGGGAAUCGAACACACAACCCUGGUGUUGCAAGCGCCAUGCUCUACCAACUGAGCUACAGGACGCCUCUCGUAAAAUAGAUUUGAUCUCAUUGAGAAUAACCCAUAUAUAAAUAAAGAUACCUUUAUAACUUUGUGCUGCAAAUCAAAUCAUAUCAAAUUUUAAUUGUCACUUUCUUGGUAAACAACAGGUGUAGACUAACAUUGAAAUGCUUACAGGACCUUCCCAACAACGUAGAGAAACGUAACGAGGAAUAAAUACAAAUUGAGUAACGAUAAGUUGGCUGGUUUAGAAAUGACAGCCUAAUGUUCUUCUAUAUACAGCGCAUUCGGAUAGUAUUCAAACCCCUUGACUUUUUCCACAUGUUACGUUACAGCCUUAUUCCUAAAAUGGAUGCUUUUUUUUCUCAUCAAUCUACACACAAUACCCCAUAAUGAUGAUAAAACUGGUUUUUAGAAAUUUUAGCAAAUGUAUGAAAUAAGUAACUAUUACAUAAGAAUUCAGACCCUUUACUCAGUACUUUGUUGAAGCACCUUUGGCAGCGAUUACAGCCUUGAGUCUUCUUGGGUGUGACGCUAUAAGCUUGGCACACCUGUAUUUGGGGAGUUUCUCCCAUUCUUCUCUGCAGAUCCCCUCAAGCUCUGCCAGGUUGGAUGGGGAGCGUCGCUGCACAGCUAUUUUCAGGUCUCUCCAGAGAUGUUCGAUCAGGUUCAAGUCCGGGCUCUGGCUGGGCCAAUCAAGGACAUUCAGAGACUUGUCCCGAAGCCACUCCUGCAUUGUCUUGGCUGUGUGCUUAGGGUCGUUGUCCCGUUGGAAGCUGAACCUUCAACCCAGUCUGAGAUCCUGAGCACUCUGGAGCAGGUUUUCAUCAAUGAUCUCUCUGUACUUUGCUCCGUUCAUCUUUCCCUCGAUCCUGACUAGUCUCCCAGUCCCUGACACUGAAAAACAUCCCCACAGCAUGAUGCUGCCACCACCAUCCUUCACCGUAGGGAUGGUAUUGGCCAGGAGAUGAGCGGUGCCUGGUUUCCUCCCGACGUGACGCUUCGCAUUCAGGCCAAAGAGUUCAAUAUUGGUUUCAUCAGACCAGAGAAUCUUGUUUCUCAUGGUCUGAGAGUCCUUUAGGUGCCUUUUGGCAACUCCAAGUGGGCUGCCAUGUGGCUUCCGUCUGGCCACUACCAUAAAGUCCUCAUUUGGUGGAGUGCUGCAGAGAUGGUUGUCCUCCUGGAAAAUCUGCCCAUCUUCACAGAGGAACUCUGGAGCUCUGGCAGUGACCAUUGGGUUCUUGGUAACCUACCAGACCAAGGCCCUUCUCCCCCGAUUGCUCAGUUUGGCCGGGCGGCCAGCUCUAGGAAGAGUCUUGGUGGUUCCAAACUUCUUGCAUUUAAGAAUGAUGGAGGCCACUGUGUUCUUGGGGACCUUCAAUGCUGCAGAAAUGUUUUGGUACCCUUCCCCGGAUCUGUGCCUCGACACAUUCCUGUCUCUGAGAUCUAUGGACAAUUCCUUCAACCUCAUGGCUUGGUUCUUGCUCUGACAUGCACUGUCAACUGUGGGACCUUAUAUAGACCGGUGCCUGCCUUUCCAAAUAAUGUCCAAUCAAUUGAAUUUACCACGGGUGGACUCAAUCAAGUUGUAGAAACAUCUCAAGGAUGAUCAAUGGAAACAGGAUGCAGCUGAGCUCAAUUUCGAGUCUCAUAGCAAAGGGUCUGAAAUAUGGUAUUUAAACAUUUACAAACAUUUCUAAACCUGUUUUUGCUUUGUCAUUAUAGGGUAUUGUGUGUAGAUUGAGGAUUUUUUUUUAUUUAAUCCACCUUUUUUUAAAGGUGUCUUUGACCAACAGAUACAGAUCUAUGAAGUCCAUAGAUUAGGGCCGAAUUUAUUUCAAUUAACUGAUUUUUACUUAUCAACUAACUUAGUAAAGUCUUCGAAAUUGUUGCGUUUAUAUUUUGGUUCUGUGUGUGUCUCCUAGCUAUUGUGGACACUUGCUCAUUGAACAUCUCAUUCCAAAAUCAUGGACAUUAACAUGGAGUUGGUCCCCUCUUUGCUGCUAUAACAGCCUCCACUCUUCUGGGAAGGCUUUCCACUAGAUGUUGGAACAUUGCUGCGGGAACUUGCUUCCAUUCAGCCUCGAGCGUUAGUGAGGUCGGGCACUGAUGUUGGACGAUUAGGCCUGGCUCCCAGUAGGCGUUCCAAUCCAUCCCAAAGGUGUUAGAUCGGGUUGAGGUCAGGGCUCUGUGCAGGCCAGUCAAGUUCUUCCACACCAAUCUUGACAAACCGUUUUCUGUAUGGACCUCACUUUUGCCACAGGGGCAUUGUCAUGCGGAAACAGGAAAGGGCCUUCCCCAAACUGUUGCCACUAAGUUGGAAGCACAGAAUCGUCUAGAAUGUCAUUGUAUGCUGUAGCGUUAAGAUUUCCCUUCACUGAAACUAAGGGGCGUAGCCCGAAUCUUGAAAAACAGCCCCAGACCAUUAUUCCUCCUUCACCAAACUUUACAGUUGGCACUAUGCAAUCGGGCUGGUAGCGUUCUGCUGGCAUCUGCCAAACCCAGAUUUGUCCGUCGGACUGCCAGAUGGUGAAGCAUGAUUCAUCACUCCAGAGAAUGUGUUUCUACUGCUCUAGAGUCCAAUGGCGGUGAGCUUUACACCACUCCAGCUGACGCUUGGCAUUGCACAUGGUGAUCGUAGGCUUGUGUGCGGCUGCUCGGCCAUGGAAACCCAUUUCAUGAAGCUCCUGACGAACAGUUAUUGUGGUGAUGUUGCUUCCAGAGGCAGUUUGGAACUCUGUAGUGAGUGUUGCAACUGAGGACAGAGGAUUUUUACGCGCUUAGCACUCGGCGAUCCCGUUCUGUGAGCUUGUGUUGCCUAUCUCUUCGCGGCUGAGCCGUUGUUGCUCCUAGACGUUUCCACUUUACAAUAACGGCACUUACAGUUGACCGUGGCUGCUCUAGCAGGCCAGAAAUUUGACGAACUGACUUGUUGGAAAGGUGGCAUCCUAUGACAGUGCCACAUUUUAAGUCAUUGAGCUCUUCAGUAAGGCCAUUCUACUGCCAAUGUUUGUCUAUGGAGAUUGCAUGGCUGUGUGCUCGAUUUUAUACGCCUGUCAGCAACGGGUGUGGCAGAAAUAGCCGAAUCCACUAAUUUGAAAGGGUGUCCACAUACUUUUGGAUAUGUAGUUUAUAUUCAGAAAUGUUCCGUACACACAAAAAAGCUAAUUUCUCUCAAAUUUGGUUAGUUCUCGCAAAUUUGUUUACAUCCCUGUUAAGAAGCAUUUCUCCUUUGCCAAGAUAAUCCAUCCACCUGACAGGUGUGGACAUCAAGAAGCUGAUUUUUAAAUAGCCUGCUCAUUACACAGGUCAACUUGUGCAGGGGACAAAAGGCCACUUUUUUAAGAUGUGCGGUUUUGUCACACAACACUGCCACAGAUGUCUCAAGUUGAGGCUUGUGCAAUUAGCAUGCUGACUGCAGGAAUGUCCACCAGAGAUCUGGCUGGAUAAUUUAAUGUUCAUUUCUCUACCAUAAGCCGCCGAAAAUUUGGCAGUAGGUCCAACCGGCCUCAGAACCGCAGACCACGUGUAACCACGCCAACCCAGGACCUUCACAUGCACCUACUUUUUUUUUUUUUACAGUUAUCUGUGACCAACAGAUACAUAUCUGUAUUCCCAGUCCAUGUGAAAUCCAUAGUUUAGGGCCUAAUGAAUUUAUUUAAAUUGACUGAUUCCUUUAUGUACUAACUCAGUAAAAUAUUUGGUUGCGUUUUUGUUCAGUGUAAAUAGUCUAAUACGCACCACCGCGGCGCUAAACUCAGACAACUGUAGCUGCUGGUAAAGUAAUUCAAAGCCUCUACUUCAUCACUCAGGAUGGAACUUUCCAAAUCAAAUUUUAUUGGUCACAUGCGCCGAAUACAACAGGUGCAGACAUCACAGUGAAAUGCUUACUUACAGCCCUUAACCAACAGUGCAUUUAUUUUUAACAAAAAAAGUAAAAAUAAAACAACAAAAGUGUUGAGAAAAAAAAGAGCAGAAGUAAAGUAAAAUAAAAUAACAGUAGGGAGGCUAUAUAUACAGGGGGGGUACCGUUGCAGAGUCAAUGUGCGGGGGCACCGGCUAGUUGAGGUAAUAUGUACAUGUGGGUAGAGUUAAAGUGACUAUGCAUAAAUAAUUAACAGAGUAGCAGCAGCGUAAAAAGGAUGGGGUGGGGGGGCAGUGCAAAUAGUCCGGGUAGCCAUGAUUAGCUGUUCAGGAGUCUUAUGGCUUCGGGGUAGAAGCUGUUGAGAAGUCUUUUGGACCUAGACUUGGCACUCCGGUACCGCUUGCCGUGCGGUAGCAGAGAGAACAGUCCUAUGACUAGGGUGGCUGGAGUCUUUGACCAAUUUUGAGGGCCUUCCUCUGACACCGCCUGGUAUAGAGGGCCUGGAAUGGUGCAGGAAGCUUGGCCCCAGUUGAUGUAACUGGGCCGGACGCACACCCUCUGUAGUGCCUUGCGGUCGGAGGACAAGCAUUGCCAUACCAGGCGGUGAUGCAACCAGUCAGGAUGCUCUCGAUGGUGCAGGCUGUAGAAUUUUUUGAGGAUCUGAGGACCCAUGCCAAAUCUUUCAGUCUCCUGAUGGGGUAAUAGGCCUUGUGCCACAAUUUCUGCCAUGUAGUGUUAUUAAAACCAAGUCAGACAACCCCGUAGUAGAAUAGUUUACCUGCUCGUUUGUUCUAUGUGAGAUAAAUAUUCCUCUCGAGGUGCGUUCAAGUUGCGAGAGCCAUAGGAGGGAAAUGUGUAUUCUGACAAGCAUUCAAUGCAUAACAAUUUUUCGUGGGAAAAUACUUUUUCAAAGCAGUUUUGUGUAUAAAAAUAAAAAAAUAGACGCAGUUAAGUGGGCAAUGCUGUCUUAAAAGGGCAAUAACAUCAUUUGUAAAAUUAAAAAUAAAGAUUUAAGUGAUUUUUAAUUAAUUAUAUAUUCAUAAAAUAACUAAUAAUGGUAACAAUCCGGAUGUGGUGUCCAAUGGGGUAAAUGCAGAUGGACAAACCAUGCUUCAGUCUAUUUCCGUUUUAUAGCCACUAUGCUUCAUCAGUUGGGUUACAGGUGAUCAUGCUUAUUGCUAAUAGCACAUCUGAUAAUAUAGACUAUGUGCAUGGACCAACAUGUAGACAGUUUCAGUGUUUAUUUAUUUACUGCUUGAUAUAGAGGUCCUGGAGCUCAGCCCCGGUGACGUACUGGGCCGUACGCAUUACCAUCUGUCGUGCCUUGCUGUCGGAUGACAAGCAUUUGCCAUAAAAUGCGUUGAUUCAGCCAGUCAAGAUGCUCUCAAUGGUGCAGCUGUAUAACUUUUUGAGGAUCUGAGGGUUCAUGCCCCGAUUUUUAUUUCAGCCUCCUUAAAUUUACAGUUUAGUCAUUUACACAUUUAUCAGAGCGACUUACAGUUAGUGAGUGCAUACAUAAUUUUUUAUACUGGCCCCCCGUGGGAAUUGAACCCACAACCCUGGCGUUGCAAAUGCCAUGCUCUACCAACUGAGCUACAUCCCUGCCGGCCAUUCCCUCCCCUACCCUGGACGACGCUGGGCCAAUUGUGCGCCGCCCCAUGACAGAGCCUGGAUUCGUACCAGGAUCUCUAGUGGCACAGCUAGCACUGCAAUGCAGUGCCUUAGACCACUGCGCCACUCGGGAGAGUACAGAAGGGGGACUAUGCACGCACCCCUAAGGGGCCCCCCCAUGUUGAGGGUCAGUGUGGCGGAUGUGCUGCCUACCCUCACCACCAGGGGGCGGCCCGUCAAAGUCCAGGAUUUCAAUUGCAGAGGGAGGUGUUCUGUCCCAGGGUCCUGAGCUUAGUGAUGAGCUCGGAGGGCACUAUGGUGUUGAACGCUGCGCUAUAGUCAAUGAACAGCAUUCUCACAUUAGGUGUUCCUUUUAUCCAGGUGGGAGAGCGCAGUGUGGAGUGCAGUAGAUUUGUCAUCUGUGGCUCUGUUGGGGUGGUAUGCGAAUUGGAGUGGGUCCAUAGUGUCUGGGAUGAUGUUGAUGUGAGCCGUGACCUGCCUUCAAAGCAUUUCAUGGCUACAGAUGUGAGUGCUAUGGGGUAAUAUUAAUUUAGACAGGUUACCUUGACGUUCUUGGGCACAGGGACUAUUGUGGUCUGCUUGAAACGUGUAGGUAUUACAGGCUGAGUCAGGGAGAGGUUAAAAAUGUCAGUGAAGACACUUGCCAGCUGGUCAGCGUAUGCUCGGAGUACGCAUCCUGGUAAUCAUUCACAGCCCUGCGGCCUUGUGAAUGUUGACCUGUUUGAAGUUCUUCCUCCCAUCGGUUAAGGGGAGCGAGAUCACACAGUCAUCCGUAACUGCUGGUGCUCUCAUGCAUGGUUCAGCGUUGCCUUCUAUGCUCUCUGAGGCAAGCAUUUAGCUCGUCUGGUAGGCUUGAGUCUCUUGGCAACUCACAGCUGUGUUUCCCUUUGUAGUCCGUGAUUUGUUUGCAAGCCCUGCCACAUUUGACGAGCGUCAGAGUCGACGUAGUAGGAUUUGAUCUUAGUCCUGUAUUGACGCUUUGCCUGUUUGAUGGUUCGUCGGAGGGCAUAGUGCGAUUUCUUAUUAGAUUAGUGUCUGCCUCCUUGAAAGCAGCAGCUCUAGCCUUUUUAGCUCAGUGUGGAUGUUCCCUGUAAUCCAUGGCUUCUGUUUGGGGUAUGUACGUCACUGUGGGUAAGACGUUGUCACACUUAUUAUUGAUGAGGGUGACUAAUGUGGUAAACUCCUCAAUGUUAUCGAAUAAAUUCGGGAUGAUGUUCCAGUCUGUGCUAGUCAAACAGUCCUGUAACUUAGCAUUUGCUUCAUCAGACCACUUCCGCAUUGAGCAUGUCACUGGUACCUGUUUGCAUGCAUGUGAGCAGAGCGACUGUGUGUGUGUGUGGAGGAGAAUAUAUCAAACAGGUUUGGUUGGCUUACCUCAAAACAAAAACGUAUUUUGUUAUCCGGAGUGAAUAAUAAUAAUAAUAUGCCAUUUAGCAGACGCUUUUAUCCAAAGCGACUUACAGUCAUGCGUGCAUACAUUUUUUGUGUAUGGGUGGUCCCGGGGAUCGAACCCACUACCUUGGCGUUACAAGCGCCGUGCUCUACCAGCUGAGCUACAGAGGACCACUACCUGACCGUUCAUAAAGCUUGAGGCUGGAGGCAGUGACAAGGUCCCCAAUAUAAACAGAUGGGUAUACCCAACAACUACAUUACCCAUACUCCUACACCUUGUUGAAACUUCAUUUAAGUUAGCACCAGAGACUCUGUGUUUGGUACCUGGGCCGUGUUCAACAGGGCACAACGUUUUGAAAUGUUUUGCAACGGACAAAGAAAAUCUGCGUUCUUAUUGGACACGUUCAGGUUGUGCCUCCCCGUUGUUACUCAAGAGUUCAAUACGUUUUCUCCCUUAUGAACAUGACCCCGGUUUAGCUUCACAUACAAUGAUUCAACCCUGUAAAACUGGCGAGUUAAAGCUGACAUAAUACAAUGUUGCCCCCUAAUGGCCAAAGAGCGGUACUAUAAACAUUUUGACAGGAAAAGACAAACAAAUUCCUGAGAGUUAUUGAUAUAACCUGCUACCCAAAAUGACCCAGUUUUUUUUUUUUUUUUGUUAGUCAUUAGAUAUGCAUACAAAAUGUCCUGUGUCUAUAUUUUUACGCAGCACACAUUUCAAUUUAAAUGUGACGGAUACAAACCGUCUACUAUACAAAUACACAAACAAAAACGUUGAGAGCUUUAUAAGCUGGACACACACAAACGCACACACACCAGUGUCAAUCCAGGCCCUAGUCUGAAUUCCAAACCACAAAAGUAUACAAUCAGUUGAAUGUUUCUUGAAUGUUUAACGUUGAGCCCCUUCUCUAUCAGAUCAUGAUGUUCUUCUCCUAUGAGCGCCUGGUGGAGCCUGCUGUGGUGGAACAUGCAGAGAGCUCAGAGGAUUGUGGGGAAUGAACAAGCGGGCCUUCUGCAGAAACUAGUGGUGUGCGAGGUAACGUCUCAACUUACAAAUGAUAUGCCAUUUAUCCAAAGCGACAUUUUACGUAGGGGAACUCUCUCUUUUCACGCCACUCCGAUACCGAAGUGACUUUUUCGUAGCAGGCUUGGAGUACUUACGCAGCAGGCUAGGAUAACUAACCUAGCAGGUUAGGAAACUGAGGUUAAGGUUAGGAAAAGGGUUAGGGUUAGUGAAAUGCUCUCCUAACCUGCUACGAAAUCACUUUGUAUCGAAAGGACGUGAAGUGUCCCUUGUCCUGUCAAUCAAACUCGAGUGCCAUGCGCUACAGAGGACCACAAAUGUUCUUGAAACCGCAGAACUUGGUGCGUGGUCCAAAAUGAAAAUAUGAAAUGCAUUGUAGAGGGUCCACCAUUUAUUUGAUGGGUAUUUAUUCAUUCGUGAGGAAACGAGUAGGGAAAAACCAUUCAGCUGUUGGACCAUGUGUCAGAUCUUGUCAAUUUACAUGUUUAGUUCCCCUAAACUAAUUACAGUUACAUUUUAGUCAUUUAGCAGACGCUCUUAUCCAGAGCGACUUACAGGAGCAAUCACAUGUCAAUCCAAACAUCUGUUUUACUAUUUAAAAAAAUAAUAUAUAUAUAUAUAUAUAUAUAUAUCUCCGCUUGGGCAGGAUAUUUCAAAUGUUGUUUUCUCUUUCUCUGCAAGUGUGACGCAAGUCUUCCUCCCCUGCAUCAUCUUCCUCCCCUGCAUCAUCUUCCUCCCCUGCAUCAUCUCCCUCCCCUGCAUCAUCUCCCUCCCCUGCAUCAUCUCCCUCCCCUGCAUCAUCUCCCUCCCCUGCAUCAUCUCCCUCCCCUGCAUCAUCUCCCUCCCCUGCAUCAUCUCCCUCCCCUGCAUCAUCUCCCUCUCAGCCCAGUGAGAGUCUCAAAGACAAGUGUGAAGACGCGCGCCACAACUCUGAAGACUCCCAUUGGUCGCACACACACACACUGUAGGGACUGUACCAGAUGACUGUAGGGACUGUACCAGAUGACUGUAGGGACUGUACCAGAUGACUGUACCAGAUGACUGUACCAGAUGACUGUACCAGAUGACUUUAGGGACUGUACCAGAUAUAUAAUAUAAUAUAAUAUGCCAUUUAGCAGACGCUUUUAUCCAAAGCGACUUACAGUCAUUCGUGCAUACAUUUUUUGUGUAUGGGUGGUCCCGGGGAUCGAACCCACUACCUUGGCGUUACAAGCGCCGUGCUCUACCAGCUGAGCUACAGAGGACCACAUGACUUUAGGGACUGUACCAGAUGACUGUACCAGAUGACUGUAUUUCAGUCAGUGGUGCAAUCAUGUGAAAUGUGUUAGUCAUUUAGGAGGUUAUGAGCUAUAUCACAAACACCUUCAAGAAGUUAUAAUUUUUUUUGUGCGUAACAAACACCUUUAUGAAUGUGGCUGUACGUUACACCUAAUUCCAAAGUAUUUAGCUUCCAUUUUGAUACUAUAUUUCCAGAAGUACAUUCAUCUGGUACUUUCACACGCCGUUGUACUCUGAAGAUUUUUAUAAGAAAUGAACAGAUCAGCUGUUUUUGUAGAGACAAAUGAUCAGAACAUUGAUAAUACCUCACCCCCCACACUUUAACAGAGCGUUUUCAUCUUACUGAAAUGUAUCCAAGCCUUUCGGUUGUUCUGGUUCUGAUGGCUGAAUAUGAUUGUGACAUGCAGUACCCUUUUCUACCACAGGUGGGGGCCCUUAUCCUUUGUUUACUGUGGUGUUACUGAAGACAAGAGCCUAAAGCUAUCCCAUGUCCCAGAUCUUUUUGCUCUUAACACCAUUGCUGUCGUUGUUAAGCCAAACAUGUUUGCCCUGACAAUUGUACACGGUGACAAGGAGUUGGCUUGAUGGCACAGACAGACUGGCACUCUGGCUACUAAAUAGCCAGAGAGAGAGAACAUGUUUCUGAAAAUCACACUAUUUCCACAGAUUGAGGGCGAGGGGAAAUACUUGAUCACUACUGACUGUAAUGACUUUAUAAGAAUGGAAUCAUGUUUAACUAUUUGUAUAAGUUGUACUGUUCUGGUGGUCUUACGACUUGGCUGUAAAGAUGAAUAAGGCUCAAUUGUAAUCCACUACAUAUUCUUUUUGCAAUUGAGAUUUAGUAUUUAUUUUGUAAGCACCUUACCUGUUCUAUAACCACUUAGUUAAUGAAUUAGUGUUCCCUUCUUAGAGCAUAGCCUUUUUCUCCGGCAUUGUCUCAUUUUGUAAAGAAUAUGCUAAAUAAAUGUUAUAACCACCUUUUUAUCUUUCUAUUUUGUGGUAUUUUCCCGCUCUUUGAAUACUUUUAGUUGAAUAUGAUUGAACACACAUACAUAGCUAGUAGUCAUGGUCCCUAAUGUGUUCUACUCUUUGUGUGGUUAUUAAUGGCAAUAAUAUAAAUAUAUUACUUGGAUGAAAUAUUUAUUUGAAAGCUAUUUGAAAAAUGUUCUGGUACAUUAUUACUUAGUUAAACACCUUUAUGUCAAAUGUUUUCACUCUAAUUGAUAUUCUAGUCUCUGCAAUACUACUGUGUUCAUGUACAACAGUAUAUUGUUUGUCUUGACCAAAAAUGAUAUUUUACAAUAAAAU